AUGUUGAGCUUAUUAUCGUACGAGACGGUUGGCGAAAAUGUGUCUCCUGAGCACCCCCAGGUUGUCCCCAUUACGAUUUUCGUGGCAGUGCUGUGCCUCUGCUUGGUCAUUGGCCAUUUGCUCGAAGAGAAUCGUUGGGUUAACGAGUCCAUCACCGCCAUCUUCAUUGGAGGCUUAACUGGAAUCCUGAUCUUGGUCUUGCGGAAGGGGCAAAGUUCUCACCUUUUGAGGUUCAGUGAGGAGCUCUUCUUCAUUUACCUCCUUCCCCCCAUCAUCUUCAAUGCCGGAUUUCAGGUUAAGAAGAAGCAGUUCUUUCAGAACUUCAUAACCAUUAUGCUGUUUGGGAUUGUUGGGGUUUUCAUCUCAACAGUCAUUAUCUCCCUAGGCAGCUGGUGGCUGUUUCCUAAACUUGGAUUCCUCGGUCUAGCACCGCGAGACUACCUCGCUAUAGGAACUAUAUUUUCGUCGACCGAUACAGUGUGCACCCUGCAGGUUCUUCACCAAGAUGAAACACCUUUGCUCUACAGCAUAGUGUUUGGAGAAGGAGUAGUAAACGAUGCAACAUCAGUUGUUCUGUUCAAUGCUGUUCAGAAGAUGGAUGUCAGCAAGAUCAACUCCCAAACAAUACUCAGUGUCAUUGGAGAUUUCCUCUACUUGUUCUCCACCAGCACUGCUCUUGGAAUCGGUGUUGGCCUCCUCACUUCUCUUGUGCUUAAAACACUCUACUUUGGGAAACACUCAAGCAUACGUGAACUCGCCAUGAUGGUAUUAAUGGCUUAUCUAUCUUACAUGCUCGCCGAGCUGCUUGAACUAAGCGGGAUUCUCACUGUUUUCUUUUGUGGAAUCAUCAUGUCGCAUUAUUCUUGGCACAAUGUGACGGAAAGUUCCAGGAUCACAGCCAGGCAUGUAUCACAUCAGGAAGAACAUGUUUUCGCCAUGUUGUCCUUUGUCGCCGAGACGUUCAUAUUUCUCUAUGUGGGCAUGGAUGCUUUUGACAUCGAGAAGUGGAAGAUCACUAAAUUGAGCUUAGGGACUUCUCUUGGGAUCUAUAGCUCAAUAGUGUUUCUGAUAUUGGUGGGGCGUGCUGUAUUCGUGUUUCCACUCUCUGCAUUUUCCAACUUCAUGAACAGACGCAAAACAUCCCCGCUCACCUUCAAACAGCAAACUGUUAUUUGGUGGGCUGGCCUAAUGAGAGGUGCUGUCUCUAUCGCUCUUGCUUUCAAACAGUUCACCUAUUCUGGCGUCACGUUGGAUCCUAUCAAUGCAACAAUGAUCACCAACACCAUCAUAGUCGUUCUCUUCACUACAUUGGUAUUUGGUUUCUUGACGAAGCCCCUGGUAAAUUACCUAAUCACACACCGAAUGAGAAACCAGAACAAUCGUGGGGGUGGGAGUGGAGGAGAACAACCAAGGUCCCCAAAAGACGAUGUGGUGCUUCCUUUGCUGUCCUUUGACGAAUCUGCAUCUGCUAACAUGCAAAUCGCAAGGGAGAGUUUCUCCUUGUUGAUGGACAGGCCGGUAUACACCAUCCAUCACUACUGGAGGAGGUUUGAUAAUGCCUACAUGAGACCCAUUUUUGGUGGCCCUCGGCACAGCCGAUCAGAAUGCUGAGUUUCUACCGCCACUACUGCUCUUUCUCUCUCUCUCUCUCGCUAAAGUCUCAACCAUUUCUUCAUCGAAGAAUACCAGAAUCGCCUCAAGGCAGCCUAAGGUUAGGGGAGAAAGGGGUGUGUUUAUUUGAGUUGGUGCCUAGACUAUGCAUGUACAAAACACUAAAUGCAGAUGUCGAGAUUAGUAGAGAUUGUGUAUGGAAUGGAAGGAAUGUAGUAAUGUUCCAAGUUUUGGAAGUUUUGAUGGUGGAAGCUACUAUUUCGAUCUGAAUGUAAAUUAUUUAAGAGAACUCUCAACAAACAUUUUUUGUGAAAAAUGGAGCUUCCUUCAUUAAAGCAAUACAUUGUUUCAGAAAUGAUCAAAGUACAAGAACAAAGUUCAGACUACUAAAACCAAGUCACAGAAAGGAUCAUUCCCAAAGCUGAAUCCCAGGUCCCUGAAUAGUCCAAAUCUCCUUACUCGUAGACAUCUUCAUUCAAGGCGAUUUGCAUUCUGGUGGAGUCUUGAGGCCACAUUUCUCAGGCAAAGCAAGGGCACGAGCGGGGUCGAUUCCAAAUGCUGGGAGGAAAUCUUUGAACAUGCAUAGGCAUGGCAAGUUGGCACGUUUGAUCAUCUUGCAGCAGUCGUAGGUGGGGCGCGGGGGUGAGUCUCCGGUGACAGCAGGGCGGCAGACGAUGAGCUGGGACGGAUCAACCCGGCAAUCACUGUUUAGCCUGACAGCGGCUGAACUACCACCACCUGAGCCUCCAUCUAUCGCAGUAGCUGCAGGCAGUGCUAGCACUACUACAAGCACAAAAAAGAGCGCAAGAGCUUUAACGUCGGCCAUAGUCCUGCUUCCUGAUGUAGGGUUUUGAGGAGUGUAGGCUCUGUAAUUUAUACAAAGCAGGCAAAAAGGGUUGCAGUUUGGUUACCCCUUGAGUUUUGUUUAAUUGAAGCCAAAUGGAAUAUUAGUAGUAGUGUCAUGUGCUCACCAGUUUGUUGCAGGGAGUCACGGGAAGGAUGAACAACAUUAAACUAAACAGUUCCCGUGAGGUAGAACGUUAAAAAAUAAAGCAUAAGCAACUAGAUUAAGAUUUAUAAACUGGUGACCCGACAAAGCGAGCCGAAACACUAAGCUCCUCGGAUACCUCACACAGUCACACACAUGUUAAGAGGAUCCUUUUCGACAAGCUAUUGAGGUUAUCUACAGCCUAC